AUGAGGAAGGAUAAGGAAGAGAUAAUAAUAAACAAUGAAGAAAUAGAGAAUAUCCAGGAAACAACCAAGAAUACUGGAAGUUUAAACAACUCUGAUAUUUUAUCAAGUAUACAAGGAGAUCCCCAAUUAAACAGAAUAUUUGACCGCCCAAGUAAGCCAUCUGGUAAUGCCGUGCGCAUAAAGGAUACAGUGUGUAAACCCAUGAAGUACUUGCCAAAUUAUUUCAAGAGUACGCAUCAGUUAAUGAAUAAUGAAAUAACCCCAUUAAUAAAAAUGAAUAAUUAUGAAAUAGUCAAUGAAGAUGGAGUAUGCUUACUUAAAAGGGUUUCAUUAUCCAUCCCAGAAGGAAAACUCGUAUGCCUCGUGGGGAUAAGUCAGAUUGAGAAAGUAAGUUUAAUGGAGAGCUUAGCUGGACUGACUCAUUCUGGCCAUACUGUAUGCGGAGAUGUAUUUGUAAAGAAUGAAAUUAAUGAACUAUCCAUAAGGAAUACGAGUGAAUGGUUCUUAAAUGUGAAUUAUAUUGAACAUACAGUAAUAAAUUAUAAAAAUACCCCGAUGUACAGCGUAGUACACUCAGUCGCACAGUGCAGGAAUAUAAGUACACCGAACGUAAAUGCACUCAUAAAAGCAUUUCGUAUGGAAAAGGCCAAGAAUAUUUUAUUUAAAAACCUCACAGAAAAUGAAAAAAGAAAAGUAAUUAUAAUAUGUGGGAUUAUGGGGAAUAAUAAGUUUAACAUAUGGGAUGAACCCUUUUCAAACCUUGGCCCAGAAAUUAUAAAUACAGUUAUUUUCUUAAUGAAGAAAUUUAAAAGUACAAAUUUAAUAUCCAUCCAUGAGCCAUCUGUGGAUUUACUUAACCAAAUGGACUAUGCCAUUAUAAUCCAUAAAUCAACUGUAAUUUAUUCUGGUAGUGUACAGAACAUAAAGGAUUAUUUCAUUGAUAAAGGGAUAUGCUUCCCAUCAGAUAUACCCCACAUAAAUUACAUAAUGAAACUAUGCAGUAAUACAAGUAAUAAUGAACAGGACACAGUGAAUAUAAGAAUCUUUAAUGAAAUAUCUGAAAGGAUUAUUACUUCAAGUACACUCCAUAAUAAACAGUGUAAGAGACGUAUUUGGUGGAUUAAAUCACAAGUACGCAUAUCACACACUAAGAUAUUUCAAAUAUUAAGAAGAUUGCCGUACUUUGAUAAACAAUUUAAAGGAAGUUCUUUAACACUGGAUAUUUGUGUACUUCUACUGUGUUUAUUCAUUGGAGUGGUUAUUACGUGUUUAUUAUUCUCAAAUAUUCUUAUAAAAAAUGGAGUAUUCAAAUAUGAAAAUAUUUCAUCAAUGGAUUUAGUCUAUAAGCUGCAUAUGAUAAGGGAGUACCUUAUUAAUCAUGCAAAGUAUACGGAGAAGAGUCCGUGUAUAAUUUACUGUGAUAAUAUCUUAAGAGUAAUAAGUAAUAAUUGCUGGGUACAUAUACUCCAGCAUAUAUUCACACCAAUAAUUAUGGUUAUUUAUACACUCAGUGUGAUACUCCCUGGGUGUAUGAAUAAAUCUGAAUUUUACAGGAACUGCAAGCUAAGCAUAAAAAGGAAUGAAUUUACAGCGGGAGAUGUCAUAAUAUCACAAGUACUUGAUAUACUUAUAAGGAAGACUUUGCUUAUAUUUAUAUGUAAAGUAUCCUUAUAUAUAUUUAUAUACGCAUAUUUAGAUAGUAAUAUAAAGAAGUAUAUAAGAAUUAGCCAUACAUUAUCAAUUACUUUACUGAGUAUAUCAUCUGUACUACUGGGUAUAUACUUAUUAAUAGUACACCUUAUACCGUAUACAUAUAACAUACACAGGAUUAUCUUAUUCUUAUGUAUACUUAUACCAGAGAGUGUAUAUAAUUAUAUAAAACCAGUACGGUAUAAACAUACGUUUAUAAAUGAUAUUGGGAUAUUCCGUAUGGAAAAUUCAUUAUUCAUGGAUGGUAUGCGGGAUAUGUUUGGGUUAAAUCAAGAAACUUCUUUAUUAUUAAGGUGCACUUAUGGAUUAUUCUGGUGUGCGCGGGUUCUUUAUAAGGUAUCUCCACAUAAUUGUUUUAUUCAUUUGUUACAGAUAGUAUGCGUAUAUAAUGAGAGUAUUAUAAUAACAGAUACUCAUAUGAGUAAGUAUAAGGACAAUUCAAGUAAAUUACAGGAUAUCCUACAUAAAUUAAUUAAAUCACAGUGCACCCAGGAGAGAGAGACAGAAAUCACAAACUCAUUCUUAUCCCAUAUAAGGGAUAUAGUCAGUUCAUGUAAGUUACCACAUGAAAUAUUCAAUGGUAAUGUGCUAUUACUGGGUAUUUCUAUAAUGUACAUUCUAAAGAAUAUUAUAGUACUGUUUAUACUCCCAUUGGGAUUAUUAAUACUGGUACUUAUUUAUUCUUAUGCAUAUUUAAUACCCGAACUAUCAGAAUAAUAAAUGUACA